GGUGGGAGAGCCCAGCUCCGUGCCCACCAUGGACUUAGGAGUGGCUCUCGGCCUGGCUCUGGCCCUAGCCCUGUCCUGCCUGCUGCUGCUGGUCACCCUUUGGCGCCACCGCUUUUCGGGGCUGCCCCCCGGCCCCCCUCCGCUGCCCUGGGUGGGCAACAUGCUCAAGGUGGACGUGGCAGACCUGCUGCGGUCCCUCCGUCAGCUGAGCCACGAGUACGGGCCCAUCUACACCUUCCACCUGGGCUCCCGCCCCUGCAUCGUCCUUUCCGGCUUCCAGGUGCUCAAGGAGGCCCUCAUCGAUCGGGCGGAGGAGUUCGGGGGGCGCGGGGAUUUUCCUGCGGUGCAAAUGUGGAGCCACGGGGAUGGGAUCGUGUACGGCUCCGGGGAACGCUGGAAACAGCUGCGCCGAUUCGCCAUCACCACGCUGAAGAACUUGGGCAUGGGCAAGCGCAGCAUGGAGCAGCGGAUCCAGGAGGAGGCCCAGUAUCUCCUGGAAGAAUUUCACAAAACCGGAGGCCAGCCCUUUGACCCCACCUUCUUCCUGAGCUGCGCGGGCUCCAACAUCAUCUGCUCCUUGGUGUUCGGGGAUCGCUUCCCCUACGACGACCAGCGCUUCCUCACCCUCAUGAACCUGAUCAACAGCAACUGGAGGCUCAUGAGCUCUACCUGGGGACAGCUCCUCUUCACCUUCCCCAAAAUCAUGCGCCACGUGCCGGGCCCACACCGUCAGAUCUUCAGGAACUACCUGCAGCUGGAGGCCUUUGUGGCCACCCGCGUGGCCCUGAACAAGGCCUCACUGGACCCCAGCCAACCCCGGGACUAUAUCGACUACUUCCUCCUCAAGAUGGACCAGGAGAAGGACAACCCCAAAAGCCACUUCAACGAGCAGACGCUGUCCAAGACGACCGUGAACCUGUUCUUCGCCGGCACCGAGACCGUCAGCUCCACGUUGCGCUACGGCCUCCGCAUCCUCCUCCGCCACCCCGAGGUGGAGGCCCGGAUCCACGCGGAGAUCGACGAGGUGAUCGGGCCGAGCCGCCAGCCCUGCAUGGAGGACCGGGCCCGGAUGCCGUACACGGAUGCGGUGAUCCACGAGAUCCAGCGCUUCGCCGACAUCGUGCCCAUGGCCGUGCCCCACACCGUCACCCGCCCCAUCUCCUUCCGCGGGUACUCGCUGCCCAAGGACUUGAACGUCAUCCCGCUGCUCUGCACUUCCCACUUCGACCCAUCCCAGUUUGAGAACCCCACCUCCUUCGACCCUGGACACUUUCUGGACGCCACCGGCCACUUCAAGAGGAACGAGGCCUUCCUGGCCUUCUCCGCAGGGAAGCGCCUGUGCCUGGGCGAGAGCCUGGCCGUGAUGGAGCUCUUCCUGUUCCUGACGUCGCUGCUGCAGCGCUUCCGCCUCGGGACCCUGGAGGACCGGGCCUCCAUCGACCUCAGCCCCCAAUCCACCGGCCUCGGCAGCCUCCCCCGUCUCUACCGGCUCUACCUGCUGCCCCGCUGAGCUCCACGGGCCCACUAGCCCCCUCCCCGAUCUGCCCUGCCCCGACCCCAAUAUCUGCCCCAGACACACCCCGGCCCUGCCCUCACCAAGGUCUGCCUAGGCCCCACCCUAGCCCUGCCCCAGUCCCACCCCAAUAAAGACCCCCCAAGGCCUGGUCUUCUCAGUAGUGUGUUGAUGGAGGGGAGGGGGCUCAUUUUCUGUGCCCAGUCUGGGGCAGACACAGUUCUGGGCCCCUCUAGGUGCAGGAUCUGGAUUUCCAGCUGUGGGGUUCCCUCCACCUCGGCUCCCUCCUCCUUGUCUCCUGCCCCUGAGUUCCAUGGCCCGGCAGCAGCCCCCAUGCUCCUGGAGAUUGGGUUGCUGGAAAAGUCAGGGAGAGGAAGAGUACCCCCCUGGAGAUCCACAGUACGUUGGGGUGAACUAGGCCCUGGUACCCACACAAUGCCACAGAGCUGCACCCACACUGUGAUAAGCCUAUACUCUCUCCACAGAGACAAUGCAGCUUGUUUUGGAGGACUAUCAAGGGUCAUCUCAACCAUCCCCUGCACCAUUCCCCAUAGAUUCCCCACACCACAAAUCUCUG